GGCGCGCGCCGCUCACUAGAGAGGAGCCGGAGCUUCUGUUCACUUCUGAGGGAUCAUAACUGCGGCGAGGAUGAAUCCUCCGUGUGCGCGCUGCGGGAAGACCGUGUACCCCACCGAGAAGAUCAGCUGCCUCGACAAGAACUGGCACAAAGGCUGUUUCCACUGUGAAGUAUGUAAGAUGACGCUCAACAUGAAGAACUACAAAGGCUACGACAAGAAACCUUACUGUAACGCGUUCCUGCCAUGUUCUUUGGCUCAGAUGCAGAGCUUCGGCGUCCCACAGAGCAGCUCUUUGUUUCUGAGGAUCGAGCGUCACGAUUCACACAAAUCACUAUCCCAAGACGUCGUUCACCAUCGUGACGGACACGCCGGAGAACCUACGUCUGAAGCAGCAAAGUGAACUACAGAGUCAGGUGAGAUAUAAGAGAGACUUCGAGGAGAGCAAAGGCAGAGGCUUCAGUAUCGU